AUGUGGUUUGCAAGGAGGAGGUCGAGUCUCACGGCCGAGUCUGUACAGAUGGAACCCGAGCCUCGUCGAAGAAAUCGCUUGUCCAAGCCUCCAACAAGCUAUACCGCCAAAAUUCCCACCGCCGGGAUUUCGACGUCGAGUCUCAAAUCCCAGGGGCCGCUUUCUCAGAGCAAGAAUGCAAGCAGCACAGAGCUGUCGAGUCCAAUGUCCUCCGCCUCACCAAAUGGAGCUCCACGCCAACAGCAUCGCAAUGGUACAAUUGCCUCAGACUCAGGGUCGCCUCUCCGUGUGCACAAAAACGAUUCCGGCUUUCGAGUCGCCUACAUGGUCAGUCAACUUGAGGGCAGGGCUGCUGGAGCCGGGGCAAGUCCAUCACGAACAAUGCAGCAACCGGUAGCAUCCCCUCUGUCGCCGAUCAAGCCACCAAAGAGGAAGUCUCUCCUGCUACGGCGUCUAUCUCUGCAAAGGUCUUCUAGCAUAAGUCGUACGCCCAGCAGCGAACGGAUAAACCCCUUGGAUUCCGAUUCGGUGGUCGUUCCGUCACCAGAAUCGUCGAUGGACAGAAUCUUCGAUGCGCCGGCAAUUCCUCCCAUGCGUCGUUCCUCCUUUGCCCCUGGGACAGCGACUAGAAAGCCAUCUCAGAUCGCCGCAAAGCAAGAAAUCGAGGAGAGCAACAGGAGUCAAGAGAUCGAGAGCCCCUUUGACGAGCAUGACUUUGAGUGGCAGCCUCCGCCUCCCAGGACCAUUGGGCGGGCUGGCACACCUUCAGAUAUAAGUUAUUCACAUCUCGGCGGGCUGAGGCACGGCUCUCUGCAAAUCGUCAAUGGACGAGCGUCACCCACCUUCAGCGAAAUGUCAAAGGCGUCGAAACAGCUUCUAUCUCCGCCAGCCCCACGUAGAGACGUGUCCAGCGAUUAUGGUGAUGCUGAGGAAGACUUUGAUCUACUGGUCUCGACAUCCGGAAAUUUAUCCAGUUUGGUGCCGAGCCCUCCGACUGCGACCCUCGAAAGUCGAUAUUUCAGUUGGGAACAUAACGAUGAUAAGGCUGGGCCACGAUUCCAUCCGCUGCAAAGUGUCGUGGCCGCACAAGAAGAAGCCAAUCCUGUUUCAGCCGAUGACCAGACUUCACUGAUGGCCAAGGAAUACAUCGCGGAGCUCGGGGUAGGACCAUUUGAGCAGCAGAACUCCAGCUCGCCGGUUGGUACUAUCAGAAGAACCCGGUCUGAAGGGUCGCUCUGGAGGGCUGGCUCCUGCUCGUCAAUCCAGAAAUCCCCUCCACUCAACAGUGCGCCGGGGGAUGACUCCCCAGCCAGUCCGCUGGAGAGGUCGCCUUCUCCAACUUGGUCGGUGAUCCGAAAAUCGAGCAUUAGGUCCGAAGAAAGCCGGGGUCGACAAAUCCAGCAGAAUGACGAGGGAGGCGACGAAUCUCGACCCUGCGACAGUCCGGUGAGCUGGUAUUCCCCCAUUGAGCCAAAGCACUCGAUGGACGAAGGCUUCCAGUCGGCCGUUGAAUUUCAGGCUCAGUUGUCCGUGCCUAGUCUGGCACUUCCGCCUCCUCGCGCACCGGAAAAAUCAGAUAGCGGUUACAGCUCAAGCAACUCGCUUCGAUCAUUCCAAAUGGCCAGGCCCACCCCCUCACCUACAAAGUUUAGGGCUUUACCAGAGAUGCCAGAUGAUCAAACGAGUGCCGAUGUACUAGACUCUGGUCGUGUGCCAUCCUUCUCUGGACAAAGAACGUCCAUUUUGAAGGCCCGGCAUAGUGAGUCUUAUGUACCAACUUUUUCCAAUCUUCAACGCAGUGCCAUGUCGUCACACCCGCUGCCCCAUGUUCCAGCAACGACUGUCCCCGAAACCGAAAUUCAUUCUUCCAAGGCUCCAAAGGCCCGGAAGAAGCUGCUGAAGAAGAGGCGCCCAUCCAGCCAACCUCCUGGCCAGGUAGCAGUUGUUCGAGUUCGGUCGUUUGAGCUGGAUAACAUUCCACACGUCUCUCCUGAGGCGCAAGAAAAUCUUCGCAUACGCUCACACGCCGUACCGGAACUGGAACAAACCUACUCGCCGCUGGGCAACAGAGCGGGUAGUAGCUCCACCCUUUUUCUCCCCCUUGACGAGAUCAGGUUCCCGUCACCUGCCCCCGAAAAAGUGCUCCAGGUUAAGCGACCUCGGGCUCGCAGUCGGCCGAGGUCGUGGUUUGGCCGACCUAAGGAAGACAAGGCCAACUCGAGAGAACCUUCUGGGAUCAGUCAGGCUGAAGCGUUGGCCAUCAUCAACGAUCUUGGCACUGUCAAUACUUCGCUGGGGAAAAGCCAUUAUGACUUCACUGAUGCAAGCAGUGUGUCCACAGGUCUCCACCAUUCGAUGACGAUGCCUGGCGUUCGACAACCGCGGCCAAUGAUGGAUGACGAGACCGCCGUCGAGUUGUCGCGGUCUCGAAGUCGGUCCAUUCGGGAACGAGAAAGCUUCAUGUCGGAUCGGAGGUCUUCGUUCAAUGACAGAGGAGGCAUACCGGGGAGAAAUCUGAGGCCUGCUAGUUACGCCAGUGAUGCGCCACCAAUUACGCAGGACAUGAUAGAGAAGGCGCACCGCACCUCCUCGAUGCAACGGCAGCCUUCGGUCGGCCCACCGCCUCCUCCACACUCACCGCGCCCGGAAUACAUUGAUUAUGAAAGGGAUGAUUCCAACCUCGUAGCUCCUCCUCCGCCAUCUCAUUCCCCUCGACCGGUGGAUAUAACUCCAGAUCCGUGGGCAACGCAGGUUGCGGUAUGGAAGGCUCGAAGACAGAGUGCGGGCGAGGCGCUACGGCGACAGUCUGGGGAAGCGCAUCAUGGUCACCAGGAGUACGAAGACGUCCCUGAGGAGUUGCACUACCCUGUUAUACCUCCACAGCAUGCGGCGCAGGAACAGGAAUGGAAGCAAUGCCUCUCGCCUGAGGAAUACUCCUCCUCUUCUCAUGGCUAUUAUGGCGGAUACAACGAGUCCUCUCGAUUUCAGCAGCAGCGUUAUCCGUCAUGGACACCGUCUUAUCACGGGUCAGAAUCCGCCUAUGUGAGGCAAUCUCGUCGGAGCUCCAGAACGCAUGAUCACCGCCAACAUCGCGGCCGUGUAGUACAUUCGCGAGGGACAUCUCCGGGUGGCGCCUAUGCCUCUCGCCCUCAGUCGUGUGCCAAUAGCGUUCGCAGCUUUGCUUCGUCUUUGGCCGAGGAUUUGCAUCCAGCCGAGCUUGAGAGGCAACAUCCGCCACCAGCAUUCGGGCGGUAUUCGGGAGGGCUGAAGUAUGGCUAUGAACGUGGAAACGGAUUCGGAGGUUCGGCUGGGACGAGGUCAACGAGUGGGAAAGCUGGAGCAUCGUGGCAGGAGGUGCCGCUGAGAGCCAACGUCGGAGUCGAUCUCGGGGAUGUACCUUUUGGAAUCAUGACGAGAUGA